GGAAAUGGCGGUGCUGCGAAUGCUGCGAAAGCCUUACUUGUGAGCCGAAUGAACAGGUGAAAGAUGCAUCCCAGUUGAAGAUGUCUUUCUGGCCUCAUCUCUAUAAAGGCUCCUUAUUUUGGAACAUCAUGUAUGCUAAGGGAUUAGAUUCUAAGUUUGGAAAAGGACCUGGAAAAGAUCUCACCAUCAAUGUCAAUGUCUGCUCCCAAAUUCCCUGCAGCUCUACAGUGUGCGUGCACCAGCUGCCUACAGGCCAACUACACAUGUGAAACAGAUGGGGCCUGCAUGGUUUCCAUUUUCAACCUGGAUGGGAUGGAGCAUCAUGUGCGCACCUGCAUCCCCAAAGUGGAACUGGUCCCCGCCGGGAAGCCCUUCUACUGCCUGAGCUCGGAGGAUCUGCGCAACACACACUGCUGCUAUACUGACUUCUGCAACAAGAUCGACCUGAGGGUGCCCAGUGGUCACCUCAAGGAGCCUGAGCACUCUUCCAUGUGGGGCCCUGUGGAGCUGGUAGGCAUUAUUGCCGGCCCAGUGUUCCUUCUAUUUCUCAUCAUCAUCAUUGUUUUCCUUGUCAUUAACUAUCAUCAGCGUGUCUAUCACAACCGCCAGAGACUGGAUAUGGAGGAUCCCUCAUGUGAGAUGUGUCUCUCCAAAGACAAGACGCUCCAGGAUCUUGUCUACGAUCUCUCCACUUCAGGGUCUGGCUCAGGGUUACCCCUCUUUGUCCAGCGCACAGUGGCCCGAACCAUCGUUUUACAGGAGAUUAUUGGCAAAGGUCGUUUUGGGGAAGUAUGGCGUGGGCGCUGGAGGGGUGGUGACGUAGCUGUGAAAAUUUUCUCAUCUCGUGAAGAACGGUCUUGGUUCCGGGAAGCAGAGAUAUACCAGACGGUCAUGUUGCGCCACGAAAACAUUCUUGGAUUUAUUGCUGCUGACAAUAAAGAUAAUGGCACCUGGACACAGCUGUGGCUUGUCUCGGACUAUCAUGAGCAUGGCUCCUUGUUUGAUUAUCUUAACCGAUACACAGUGACAAUUGAGGGGAUGAUCAAGCUGGCCUUAUCCGCUGCUAGUGGGCUGGCACACCUGCACAUGGAGAUUGUGGGCACACAAGGGAAGCCUGGAAUUGCUCACCGAGACUUAAAGUCAAAGAAUAUCUUGGUAAAGAAAAAUGGCAUGUGUGCCAUCGCAGAUCUGGGCCUGGCUGUCCGUCAUGAUGCAGUAACUGACACCAUCGACAUUGCCCCAAACCAGAGGGUGGGGACCAAACGAUACAUGGCCCCUGAAGUACUUGAUGAAACCAUUAACAUGAAACAUUUUGACUCCUUUAAAUGUGCUGAUAUCUAUGCCCUCGGGCUGGUAUAUUGGGAGAUUGCUCGAAGAUGCAAUUCUGGAGGAGUCCAUGAAGAGUAUCAGCUGCCAUAUUAUGAUUUAGUGCCCUCUGACCCUUCCAUUGAAGAAAUGCGAAAGGUCGUAUGUGACCAGAAGCUACGUCCCAACAUCCCCAACUGGUGGCAGAGUUAUGAGGCGUUACGGGUGAUGGGGAAGAUGAUGCGGGAGUGUUGGUAUGCCAAUGGUGCAGCCCGCCUGACUGCUCUGCGCAUCAAGAAGACCCUCUCACAGCUCAGUGUGCAGGAAGAUGUGAAGAUCUAACCCUGCUCCCUCUCCCCUACGUGCACCUCUGGGCAGCGAGAACUACAUACAGCUGCCAUGUUGAGCGUAUGAUGGAGGCCUACCUCUCGUUUCUGCCCAGCCCUCUGGCCAGAAGCCCUGGCCUGAAAGAGGGAUAGAGCCCGGGAGACUCGCUCACUCCCAUGUUGGGUUUGAGACACAGACACCUUUUCUAUUUACCUCCUAAAGGCAUGGAGACUCUGGGAGCGAAUUGUGUGGAGAACUCAAUGCCACAGCUCAACCUGGUUGUAGUGAGAAGUCCUGCAAAGCCUGUGCAUCUGGCAUAUAGCCAGGAGUGCUGAAGGGGUGGCCUGGGCGGGGCCAGGAGGAGCUGAGCUGUUGCUAAUGCUGAGAUGUGCUGAGGGUUUCCUCCAGGGACCAGCCCACAGCACACCAAGGUGACCCGGAGGAACUGGAAGUACAGCCCCUUUCACAGGCAGCUCUGAGCCAUGUGCUCCCUCCUCCCUUGUACUGACACCGGAGGGACUGCCAGUGGAGACUUAAUCUGCCGCCUGUCUGUCAGCGUGUGUGCAUGGCCGAGGUGCGUCCCCAUUGUGCCUGGUUCGUGCCACGCCCUUUCAUGUGUGUGUAUGUGUGUGUCUGUAGGUGCGCACUCACCUGCUUGAGCUUUCCCUGCAUGUGCAGGUCGGGGGUGUGGUUGUCAUGCUGUCUGUGCGUGCUGGUGCCUCUGCUGAACAGUGAGAGCAUCUAGUUUCCCUGGUGCCCUUCCCCGGAGGUCUUCCCUCCCCCCCAGCCCCUUAUCCUCAGUGGUACUCGGUGUCCAGCAGGCUGCUCUGCUCACCCAGUGUCAACACAGCUCUCCUCCUCCAUUUCAGACUGUGGAACCAAAGCUGGCCCAGUUGUCCAUGGCAGAAGAGGCUUUUGGGUCAAAAUGUGAGGGAGGGGCAAGGGUGGGCAGGGAAGGAAUCUUGGCAAAAGUGUUGGAAGUCUUGGUUGUGGUCAGUGUCAGCCACAGGAAUGAUCCAGCCCACGGACAUCAUGCUAAGCACCAUUGAGGAAGGGCCAGGAAUGUGAAGCUAGAUCUUGGGACUCAGAUUGGAAUGUCACAUCUGUCUUUCACAUCCCAGAUUCUGGAAACAACAUUGUAUAUUUUUGGUGGUGGUGGGUUUGGGGUGGGGAAGGGAAGGGCAAGGGAAGAGUAGGGAGGGGUCUGGGGUGGGUGGGGCAUCUGCAUGGGUCCUCUUUUACUGGAUUACCUGAUCUGGGUGGAGGGAAGAAAAGAGAUUCACAUCUACUUCAGGGGCCCUACUAAAGGAGCAGCCUGCGCAGAGUAUGUCACUUAACUGAGUGUCAUUCUUAAUGAAGUCUAGAAGCAUGGCUGUGGGUGGUGAUUUGGUCAGCAUAUCUUAGGAAUAUAAUAACUUUGAAGCCAUAACUUUUAACUGGAGUGGUUUGAUUUCUUUUUUUAAUUUUAUUGGGAGGGUUUGGAUUUUAACUUUUUUUUUUUAAUAUUGUUAAGUUUUUGUAAAAGGAAAACCAUCUCUGUGUGAUUACCUCUCAAUCUAUUUGUUUUUAAAGAAAUCCCUAAAAAGAAAAAAAAAACCAAAAAUCCUCUAAUGGAACGCACAUAGCUCAGUCACACUGGAAAUGUUUGUCCUUGCUCCUGAGCCAGUCCCCACUCAGUAGUGAGGUUUCCUCUUUGCCCUGGGGGCUCAGUCUCUCAGGCUUGCCCUCUCAGCCUCCACCCCCAUUUUGGGAGCGGCUUUUGCUUCAGGACCCUAGCCUUUUGUACAUUGUCCAGCUGGUUGCACCCUCUCCAGGCAUUUAUUCAACAGAUGUGUACUGAGAGCCUGCUGGGUACCAGGCACUGUGCCAGGCGCUGGGAAUACAUCUGUAAACAAGAUAGGCUUGGGUCCUACUCCCAGACCACUGAAGAAGGAGCUGAUUCAAGUAAGUGGGUGCCUGUUUUGAGACCAGAAGGUUUCAUAAUUGGUUCUGAGACCCUUUUGAGCCUGAAUCUAUUGUUCUUAUAGAAGACCACUGAAGAAAGAGGAACCCUGCCAUCCACUGCAAAGAGACUGGUGGUGGACAACAAGGCCUGGGGUUAGAGCCCCAGGUGCGACCCAAAUCACUGCAUUCAUUCUGAGGCCCCUUCCUGCCCCCCCGCCCCCGGGAGGGGCAUUCUGUGUGCAGCCUUAGAGCAUCUCUGCCUCCAGCCCAGCAGGUCCCUGCCAAAGCCCUCUCCUGCCCUCAGUCUCCCCAGUGCUCCUGCCUCUUCUAUUUAUUUGCCUGAUGUAUUGCUUCUUUCCUUGCAUUAAAGGAGAUCUUCCUCUAACCCUUUGGGCCAAUUUACUGGCCACUGACUAAUUUCCCUUCAAUACCACUUGUGUCAUUAGGGGGCCCUUCUUUCCCUUGCUGACCUCCCACCUGUCCACCCUGCAGCAGAGCCCUGGCAGGUUAUAGGUGAUGGUGGAACUUAGACUCCUCUACCUGGAGUCUAAACUAGCCUCUGAUGUCUGCCAACAAAUAUCCACCCAGCCACUCCUCAGAUGGCCCUUCUGCCCUCACCAUACAGGUAGUCCAACUCCUCCACCUUUGGGAAGAUGGAGCAGGUUUGGGGGAGGCUCCUGUACCUACCUUUGCCACUCUUAACACCAAGCAAGAGCUGGGGAGAAACUCAAGCCGUGUUUUGGCCCCCCGAGGCUAACCCUGAUCCAUAGGACUACCUGCACCUCUGGAUCCUGGGUUCACAGACCAAGUCCAAGCCCGUUCUUAUGUCGCCACUAAGGCCCCCGAACGGCAAUCUCGGUACUUCUGUUUGUUUUUGUACAUUUUAUUAGAAAGGACUGUAAAAUAGCCACUUAGACACUUUACCUCUUCAGUAUGCAAAUGUAAAUAUAUUGUAAUAUAGGAAAUCUUUUGUUUUAAUAUAAGAAUGAGCCUGUCCAAUUUCUGCUGUACAUUAUUAAAAGUUUUAUUCACAGA